CUCAUUUAUUCAUUUAACAAUUUCCCUCCAGAAGUUCCAACAGAAGGCUCUGAAACAAACUAAGCAGAAGAAAUCUAAGUCGUCUGACUUUCUGAUGGCUGAGCUUUGCUCGAUGAAUGAGGAAGUUGCAACUGAAGUCUUUGAAAACCUGGCUUUUAACAUCAGUAUUACUGAUAUUUCAGCACAUCAGACUUACAAGGUGGGACUUAUUAGACAUGACAAGCUGACUAGCAGUCUUGCAGCUCACCAACAAAAACUCAGGUUGCGAGCCCAAGCUGAACCAAGAGGAAAUGAAUGCAGCAGAAAUUACUUUGACCCUCUGAUGGAUGAGGAAAUAAACCCAAGGCAGUGUGGGAUGGAGGUCAGCAAAAAAGCACUUGUCAAAUUGGAUGAGAGAUUCCUGUAUGACAAACUGGUGCGGUUUCUAGAUGAAGAAAAAAAAAUGGUGGUGUCACAUGAAAUGAAAGCUGAAGAGAUAGAUGGCAAAGAUGCUUUGGAUUCUGCCUGGCCUGUCAGCUGCAGUAAGACCUCUGAUCGUUGUGAUGAAGUUGAAGAUGAAGACAUUCUGCCCUACGUUGAGCAGUUUGAAAAAGAGGUUCACAAUGAAGUUAUUCUCCUUGGCAAUUUUCCAUUAAAACAGGAUUUAAAACAUAAAGAUAUUUUCCAAGACAGAAAGUUCAGUAGAAGACUUCCUAAAGUAUUUCAGAGCGAGCCAGGAAGUCAGGUGUUGGAAACUGCCUCAAAUGCCUGGAAAAUGAGGGCUGCAGCCAAACUUUGUAACCUUGCAGGAGUGAAUCAUGAUUCAAAUUCAAAUAGAACAGCUGUUCCUUGCUGGAAGAUUAACUGGACUAAAAAAUCUCAAUUUACUGAGAUCCAUCUAAAGUGCUUACGGGGUAUCAAAGACAAAGUGCCACAAGGUAGUUACAGUCUCAAGGUUUCCAUCUGUAAACAACUUGAUGGAAAUUUUCUUUCUUGUUCCAAAGUGGAUGGACAACAACUGGCUGGAAUGUCACUGCCUGCGAGACAUAAUGGGAACUUCUAUGAUGUGGAGAUCUCUUUUGAACAAAGCGUACACAUA